AUAAUAAUAAUAAUAAUAAUAUGUCUCACGCAGCUUUAUCUUGGUUAACCAAAUUGAAUACUUCUGAAACCCCUGACAAGGUUUUACGUCGUUCAUCAAUUAUUGGUACUAUUGGUCCAAAAACCAAUAAUGUUGAUGUUUUAGUUAAAUUAAGAAAAGCCGGUUUGAACAUUGUUCGUAUGAAUUUCUCUCAUGGAUCAUACGAAUACCAUCAAUCCGUUAUUGAUAAUGCUAAAAAAUCCGAAGAAAUAUAUAAAGGACGUCCAUUGGCCAUUGCUUUAGAUACCAAAGGACCAGAAAUUAGAACUGGUACCACUAUCGAUGAAAAAGAUUACCCAAUUCAACCAAACCACGAAAUGAUUUUCACCACCGAUGAUGCAUAUUUGAAAAAAUGUGAUGAUAAAAUCAUGUAUAUCGAUUAUAAAAACAUUACUAAAGUUAUUGAAGCUGGUAGAAUCAUUUAUGUUGAUGAUGGGGUUUUAUCCUUUGAAGUUUUAGAAGUUGUUGAUGAUAAAACUUUAAGAGUCAAAUCAGUUAAUGCUGGUAAAAUUUGUUCUCAUAAAGGGGUUAACUUACCAGGUACCGAUGUUGAUUUACCUGCUUUAUCAGAAAAGGAUAAAGCUGAUAUUAAAUUUGGGGUUAAAAAUGGUGUUCACAUGAUCUUUGCCUCUUUCAUUCGUACUGGUGAUGAUAUUAAAGAAAUUAGAAAAGUUUUGGGUGAAGAAGGUAAAGAUAUUCAAAUUAUUUCUAAAAUUGAAAAUCAACAAGGGGUUAAUAACUUCGAUGAUAUUUUAACUCAAACCGAUGGGGUUAUGGUUGCAAGAGGUGAUUUGGGUAUUGAAAUUCCUGCUCCUCAAGUUUUCGUUGUUCAAAAACAAUUAAUUGCUAAAUGUAACUUAGCUGCUAAACCAGUUAUUUGUGCUACUCAAAUGUUAGAAUCAAUGACUUACAAUCCAAGACCAACCAGAGCUGAAGUCUCGGAUGUUGGUAAUGCUAUCUUAGAUGGUGCCGAUUGUGUUAUGUUAUCUGGUGAAACUGCUAAAGGUACUUAUCCUUUCGAAGCUGUUUCAAUGAUGCAUAAUACUGCUAUCAUUGCUGAAAAGGCAAUUGCUUAUCAACCUUUACAUAACGAAAUUAGAUCCUUGGCUUUAAGACCAACUCCUACUUCUGAAACUUGUGCUAUGGCUGCUGUUUCUGCUUCUUAUGAACAAGAUGCUAAAGCCAUUGUUGUUUUAUCCACUUCUGGUUUAACUCCAAGAUUAGUCUCUAAAUAUAAACCAAACGUUCCAAUCAUGAUGGUUACUAGAAACGAUAGAGCCGCUAGAUACUCUCAUCUUUAUAGAGGGGUUUAUCCUUUCAUUUACUCUAAACCUCAAGUUGAAAACUGGCAAGAAGAUGUCGAAAAUAGAUUAAGAUGGGCUGUUUCCGAAGCAAUCGACUUGGGUAUCAUUAAAAAGGGUGACUCCAUCAUUACCGUCCAAGGUUGGACCCGUGGUGUUGGUCACAGUAACACCAUUCGUGUCGUUAAAGCUUAAUCUUUUCUAUAUAUUUAAAUACUUUCA